GCCCGCUCUCCCACCGACAGGCCGCUGGGUUCGGGAGCCUGCUGGGUCCUUUCUCUUCCCCAAGUGCAGGCACAGCCCCCUGGAGCCAUGGCCAGCCCUUCUGGCAGCCCCGAAGACUCGGGCAAGCUCAGAGGCAGGGAUGGCCGGCAGAGGCGGGAGGAGGAGGAUGCCCCUCCGGAGGAGAAGAGAUUGAAGCUGGGGCUGGAGGGAGGAAGCGCAGCGCAGGAGGAAGGAGAAGACGCGCCACGUCUGGGCAGGGAAGAGACCGGCACCCAGACAGGUGGCGAAGGCAGAGGUGAUUUACUGUCCCUGCCGUAUGACCUGGUCGAGAGUCAGGACUACAAAUGUGAGAACUCUGCCCUCCUCUCCAGUGCCAGGAACAGUCCACAAGACUCAGUUUUGACAAGCCUGGCUGCCAGCAAAGCUGAGGAAACUGCUCAAAGAACUCAUGCCAGUGGAACUUACAGCUUCCUUGAUCGGACUCAGCAUUCAGAUAUCAAAACAGACUGCAAUACCUGUGUGGAAAUAGAGGACAGAAAGGUUUCAAGACAACAGAUGAAUUGUGAAAGAGAGCAGCUAAGGGGUAAUCAAGAAGCAGCAGCUGCCCCAGACACAAUGGCUCAGCCUUACGCGUCGGCCCAGUUUGCACCCCCCCAGAACGGCAUCCCCGCGGAGUACACGGCCCCUCACCCCCACCCCGCUCCGGAGUACACGGGCCAGACCACCGUCCCCGAGCACACGUUAAACCUGUACCCUCCCGCCCAGACACACUCGGAGCAGAGCGCCGCGGACACCAGCGCGCAGACCGUGUCCGGCACCGCCACACAGACAGAUGACGCGGCACCAACGGAUGGCCAGCCCCAGACACAACCUUCUGAAAACACAGAAAACAAGUCCCAGCCCAAGCGGCUGCACGUCUCCAACAUCCCCUUCAGGUUCCGGGAUCCGGACCUCCGACAAAUGUUUGGUCAAUUUGGUAAAAUCUUAGAUGUUGAAAUUAUUUUUAAUGAGCGAGGCUCAAAGGGAUUUGGUUUCGUAACUUUCGAAAAUAGUGCCGAUGCGGACAGGGCGAGGGAGAAAUUACACGGCACCGUGGUAGAGGGCCGUAAAAUCGAGGUAAAUAAUGCCACAGCACGUGUAAUGACAAAUAAAAAGACUGUCAACCCUUAUACAAAUGGCUGGAAAUUGAAUCCAGUUGUGGGUGCGGUCUACAGCCCCGAAUUCUAUGCAGGCACCGUGCUGUUGUGCCAGGCAAACCAGGAGGGAUCUUCCAUGUACAGUGCCCCCAGUUCACUUGUAUAUACUUCCGCAAUGCCCGGCUUCCCGUAUCCAGCUGCCACCGCCGCGGCCGCCUACCGAGGGGCCCACCUGCGAGGCCGCGGCCGCACCGUGUACAACACCUUCCGGGCCGCGGCGCCCCCACCCCCGAUCCCGGCCUACGGCGGAGUAGUGUAUCAAGAGCCUGUGUAUGGCAAUAAAUUGCUGCAGGGUGGUUAUGCUGCAUACCGCUACGCCCAGCCAACCCCUGCCACUGCCGCUGCCUACAGUGACAGUUACGGACGAGUUUAUGCUGCCGACCCCUACCACCACACACUUGCUCCAGCCCCCACCUACAGCGUUGGUGCCAUGAAUGCUUUUGCACCCUUGACUGAUGCCAAGACUAGGAGCCAUGCUGAUGAUGUGGGUCUCGUUCUUUCUUCAUUGCAGGCUAGUAUAUACCGAGGGGGAUACAACCGUUUUGCUCCAUACUAAAUGACAAAACCAUUAAAACCUUCCAAUGUGGGGAGAGAGGAAGCUUUCCGAGGCCUGGGUAUUGCAAUACAUGCAGUAGUACAUCAUUUUAGCAGCUCUAAAAAUUAAAAAAGAGGAAAAAAAUUACAUUUUUUAUCUUAUACCUCAGAUAUUUUGUUCUGUGUAUUUUAAUAUUGUGGGUCUUUAAUUUCUGAAGGUUCCGUAGUUUGGUUGCUGGCUGUAGGAGUUUUUGUGGUUGAAAUAGAGAGACGCUAGCUAUGAAUAAAAACUGGUUUAGGGCCAUAUCCAGAGUGCUAUAUCAUGUAAAUGAAUUAUAUAUGCUGAAUCUUAAGCUACUGGGGUUAUCAGCUGUCUGGGAAGAGUGUAAGUGACUACAAUAGUCAUUUUUUUCUGCAUCUGCAUUAUUUUAUUUUACGAGCGGGGAAGGGGUGGGAGGGUCUUAGGGGAUGGGGACCGGGAUUUGGGCUAAAAGGAAACAUAAACUAGUAACUGAUGAAUCCAAACGACCCACUGCACCAACAAUCAUAUAUCAGCGGUUCUAAGUUACUCAUUGAGUUCAAGCCAAAGGUUAUGUUGUUAAGGGGGUGCUUCUCGAAGCACUUUGUGCAUCCAAGUUGAAUGAAGCUGUGCAAACCCACCCUUUAAAACCAUUCCACCUGGCAGUAUUCAGCUUCUUAACCAGCCGCUAGUUAUUUAGGCAAAAACUGCUAGUUAGGCCAUCAACAAGCAUUCUUUUUAUAUUUCUUCCAGUAUAAUAAAUUAUUGAUAUCAUUGCUGACUUUUAUAUUAUGGGAGGGAAAAAAAUAACAUUAAUAAAAAGGUGAUAAAAAGCACUGUUUCUAUUUUUUUCUUUUUUUCCAAAAAAAGAAAGUAAUAAAAACUUAAAUUCUUUGUACCAGUUAAAAAAAAAUGUAUAAAAUUUACAUCUGUGCAGUGGAGUUGUUAAGUUCUAGAAACAGUCUAUGAAGCUUUAGUUUUAGCCUAGUAGAACAACUGUUAGAGACAGAUGUAUAAUUUUUAUGGAAUUACAUGAUAAUCAUAUUCGGAUUUAUAGAAGCAUUUUACAAGUAUUGCAAUCAUUGAGUAGAGAUAAUCAUGGUAUUUUCAUCAGCUUGGUAAUUUUUGAAACAUGACUGUGUUGUGUGAGCAAUCUGCAAUUUUUCCGCCUGUGAGAGCCUGCCCUCCUCCUCUUCCUCGUCCCCAAGGAUUCUCUCAAACCAGUAUCUUUAGUUCUGUCUCCGAGGCCCAGGACACUUGUCAGAAGGAAGCAGAAAAACAAAACAAAACAAAAAAACAGUAGGUUCCACCCUCUUCAUCCCCGAAGAACUACGUCCCCCACUUCGGCAGCAGGGCCAGAGCGACACAGCCGAAAAAUUGCAGUUUGUCUGUACUUCUUCUGUUUGAACUCUUUCCAUGUUGUCCUGUUUACAAGUUAACCUAAGUUGGGGUAUCUGUCACGGGUCUUCCUGUUUUUGUAUUGAAAUAAAAAACAAAACAGCGGCCAGCCGCCUCCCGUAGUUCUGCCAUAGGUCAAUCUUCCGUGUGUUUGUGCAGUGCGGAGCCCUACCGCCCGCACUCCAGUAAAUUCUCAGCUCACCGCUGUGAACCCGCCAAUCCGCUGUAACAACUCUGCUUUAAAAAAACAAAACCAAACAAAACUUAAAAAAAAAAAAAAAGUGUUUGUGAUCCAGCUUUCUCUUGUCAUCCUAUGUGCAUGCAGUAAGAUCGGUUGGAUAUUAAACCAUCAAUAAAGUUUCACAAGAUUUGAAAACAAAGUUUCUGUAGCUUCGAUAUCUAAGACAGAUUCUCGUUAUCUGGAGAGGAGGAGAGAAGGGGGAGGGGGAAAUGCUUAGCAGCCAGAAGCAUGUCAAAUGUUCUUUUUGGCAGGUUGACUGGGGUGGACGAGGGAGGGGCCAGGGGGUGUUUUAUAGCAUCACGGAGACAUUCUCAUUCCCCCACCUGGAGAACAGUGCUAGGACACUGGGUGCCCGGUUGAUAUUUGUAAAAAACAAAACAAAACGAAACAAAACAAAAAACAAAACACUUGAUCACAAUGCUCGGCAUCCUGCCCCCGGGGGAAGAAAGGUAGAAGGGACAGGAGCCUUGGGGAGAAUCCAAUGCUGUCUCCCCAUUGCCUCCGAUGUCAAAAAUCCAGAAUUUGCAUUGUAUUUGGAAUCACAAACAUAGAAUUCUUACUGUGUUGGUUAAAGUAAAAUUAAUUUGCAGUUUUGAUUUUCAUCAAUGAGCUGUACUUUCCCCCAUGACUGUAUGUAGUUUUAAUAAAAUCAUUUAGAGCAAGUGAGUGCCACAUGAUGUUGCAAAACCUUUUGUCUGGGCACUCCGCCAAGAUGCCAAUAAGUCAUUUUAAAAUGUAUGUCAGAGAUGUAAACAAACAUUUUGGAUUUUUUUAAACAGUAUUUAUUUGGAAUGUUUUCAUUUAUCUAAAUAACUAUUGCUAUUAUGAAUUAUGGAAAAAAAAGAUUAAUAUCAUGUGUGGCAUAUAGUGACUUCUUAACACACACAUCACGCAAUCUGCAAACCCAGAAAAUGUGUAUAUCUGUCUUUAGAAAUUAGUGUUUAUAUCACUUACAGUGGUUUGUGAAUAAAGAAAAACUGGUUUGUAAUAUCAAAAAAAUAAAAGCUUAGUCUGAAAAGGUA